AUGGCUGAUGCUACUCGAUCCAAACAAAUGCAGCAACAGCUCGACGCCUUGGAGGAACACCAUCAAGAAACCCAAACACGUUUCACCACCAUUGAUGAGAGGCUGGACCAGCUCAUGGAAAUGGUUAGAACUUUGGUGACUCAUCAGGGGAACAUGGCGAGAGACCUGCAAAACCAGCAAGAUAAUGAGCAGGCGCUGCAAAGGGGGCCAAACAUACGAGGUAUUCGUUUAGACUUUCCUCAUUUUUCUGGUGAAAACCCCUCAGCAUGGAUUUUUAAGGCUUCACAAUACUUCGAAUACCACCAAACCACCCCUGCCCAAAAGCUAUUGCUAGCUUCAUAUCACAUGGACGGGGAGGCCUUGGUAUGGUACCAAGAAGCCUUAGACACUGCCCAGUUUGUGAGUUGGGAGACUUUGAUGCGAGCUAUGUUAGUUCGUUUUGGACCAACCGCCUAUGACAAUCCUAUGGAGACCUUAACAAGGUUAAAGCAAGUCACUACGAUGGCCACUUACAAGGCCAGUUUUGAGGCACUGUCUAAUCGGGUAAGGGGUCUUUCCGAACACCAUAAGUUGAGUUGUUUCCUAAGUGGUUUGAAGGAUGAAAUACGGUUACCUCUCCGCAUGUUCAAUCCACACAACUUAACGGCAGCCUUUGGCUUAGCACGAAUUCAAGAAGAGUACUUCAUUAGUGUUAAGAAACCAAUGAAGUUCUCGGGCGAGAAGGGGCAGUUUGGUUUGAGUAACAACUAUAAUUCUUAUGGUAAUAGUGGUGGUGCAGCGGGUAACAAUAUGAAAUACAGCCCUCCUGUCAAAAAGGUUCUCUCCACGGAGUGGGAUGAGAAACGUAAGAAAGGGCUAUGUUAUCAUUGCGAUGAAAAAUGUAACCCCAACCACAAUUGCAAAAAAGCUAAGGUUUACCUCUUACAAGGAGUUGGGGAGUUGGAAGCAACAGAGGAAACUGCAGAAGAAAUUACUAUGGUGGCGGACACACCGAGUGAAGGGGAUUCAAAACAGAAAGGGGUUGUGGUUGAACCCGAGAUAUCCCUAAAUGCAAUUACGGGAACUCCUAGCUCUAAGACUAUGCGACUCAAGGGGUGGAUUGGGUGUAUACAAGUGGUACUUUUGGUUGACUCCGGGUCCACACAUAGCUUCGUGGACCCCUCUAUUGCCCAAAUAGCCAAGCUGGUGGUUGAUAAGGAACUUGCUGUAAAAGUGGCUAACGGACAGCUGGUACAAGGCUUAGGUCAUUGCAGCAAAGCCAAAAUCAAGGUGCAAGGUUGUGAUGUCGUUCUUGGGGUGGAUUGGUUAGAGACACUUGGAACCAUUGCUUGGAAUUUUCAUGAGUUGUCCAUGAAAUUUCUAUAUCUUGGGAAGAAUGUUGAGCUGUUGGGACCAAAGUUGGAAGGUUUGACUCUUGCUAAAGGGGAAAAGUCAAUGCUUACAUCCAUGCAAAGAGGGAAGGGAUUAUGUUUACAGCUUGUUAGUGAAACCAAUGUAUUGAGGACCUCGGGGGGAGGAGAUAAGAUGCAGCAGCUGAUAUCACAGUUUGCACAAGUGUUUGAGAUUCCGAAAGGGUUACCACCCUCAAGACCCCAGGACCAUAGAAUACCUCUUAAGGAAGGAACUCAACCCAUAACCGCUAGACCUUACCGUUACCCCCACUACCAAAAAUCUAAAUUUGAAAAGAUAGUGGCAGAAUUACUUGAUACCGGAGUGAUAAGCCGGAGUGAUAAGGCCUAG